AUGCCUUCGAGAGCUAAUGAAGUCGGCCUUCAGCCACGUAGUAUCCGAUACGAAUGGGGAGGGCCGAUUGGUGCAUUUUUUAUGGUUUUCUUCCUUCCCAUUCUGGUGCUCGCUCUCAAUUCCUUGUGCGGUAAAACUUCAUGUUCCCUAAUCGAGCAGCUUUCCGACGUACCCGAACUGGUGCUUAACACACUCCACUCUGCUCGCGAGAACCUUCUGGAGGCUUUAAUUAUCGAAGUUUUUUGGAUAUGUCUUCAUGCUGUGUUUUAUUUGUGCCCGAUCGGACGCAUGGUUGAAGGCAUGCCGCUGCGGAAUGGUAAAGCACUUUCCUACCGGAUCAAUGCGAUUCAAGUCUUCAUUCUUUGCCACGUCGUCUUGAUCGGUCUGGCUGUGGCCGGCAUCAUUAACUUGGCCUACCUUACUGACAUCUUUCCAUCUCUAAUGCUAGCCAGCAUUCUCAUUUCGACUGUCAUGUCUGUUAUUCUGUACGGGAUGAGUUUUCGAAGUUCAACGGUGCUAACCGCCCUCGGUGGGAACUCAGGAAAUCCUAUUUACGACUUUUGGAUGGGACGUGAACUAAAUCCGCGGAGUGGUUUUCUGGAUUGGAAGUUUAUGUGUGAGUUACGACCUGGUUUAAUCGGUUGGAGCAUCUUAAACUGGUCUCACGUUCUCAAAUCCGUUCAGCUCGGUACCCUGACACCUGGUAUCGUCCUGAUUGCCUUAUUCGAGAGCCUCUACGUGGUGGAUGGCCUACUAAUGGAAGCAGGCAACUUGACAAUGAUGGAUAUCGUCUCCGAUGGGUUCGGGUUUAUGCUUUGCUUUGGGGAUUUGACCUGGGUACCAUUCAUCUACACCUUGAAAACGAAGUACUUGCUUUACCACCCGGUGAGCCUAACUCCUGGGUACACGGCACUGUGUGUAGUGCUUGUGGUCGUUGGUUACACUAUCUUCCGCGGCGCGAAUACGCAGAAAGAUCGCUUUCGCAACAACCCCAGUGAUCCCCGCGUGCGGUGUUUACGUACCAUGCGAACUUCCAAGGGGAAGUCCCUUAUUAUCUCAGGGUAUUGGGGUGUAUGCCGACACCCGAACUACGUUGGAGACUGGCUGAUGACCCUAGGAUUGGCUGCCCUCUGCGGCGUGCAAGACCUCCUCCCUUAUUUUCAUCCUAUUUACUUUGCCUUCUUAUUAAUACACCGUCAGCUGAGGGACGAGGAGCAGAUGAUGGAGAAAUACGGUAAAAAAGACUGGGAUGAUUUUUGUGAGUUGGUGCCAUGUCGACUGAUCCCAGGGGUGUACUAA